GACACAGUCACCAUCUGCAGUUUAACGGGCUUAAGAGGACAGCUCGUCACUCACUCCCUAAAGCAGACGCAGCUGAUUGGAGGCCUUUGUGUGACAGGGUUUCUCCAGAUGGAUACUGGACCCACCUCCCCUCCGUCCUCCGUGGUGGCGGGCCCUUCCUUCCUAUGGCAGCUGGCUGAGAAGAGAAGCAGGAAGGCUGGCUCGGGGAACAUUUUCAGUAAUGUUAAUGUGUGGCAGCUACAGAGGCUGUUCAGGAAGGCAGGGGAUCAGGAUGCAGAGCAGAGGGCCCAGCUGGUUUGGGGCCACAGAGAUGACGCUGAACUGGCUCAAGCCUUAAUUGGACUGAGGGCGCGAAGUCACCGAAGAAGGCUGAGGACUAAUGGGAGAAAUGCUCUGGGAUCACACUGGCUGCGUGCCUUCAAUCACCUCAGAAUUGGGGAGAGCUCACCAAGCAACUAUGGGAAGGAUGCAAGAGAGGAAAAUGAUGCUGAGGCAGAAGCACACAGCAGUCCAGAGCCACAUCAACGCACCACCAUAAGAACAACAGGAAGAAAUACAGGGGCCACAGCAGUACUAACCGAGAGCCAGAGCCCUACAGGGACUUCUCAGAGACCAGUAAGAACUGGCUCAGGACUCAGGAGAGGAGGGGAGAACAACCCUGAAAGAUACCUGCACCAAAUACUCUGAUGGACCAAAAUGUCUGGGAUGCAAAACUCACAUCUGAGUUUCUCCAGCACUCAGCCUGUUUGACUCAUACGCUCAGAUGGUGGAGUGAGGUUGAAUUUAUUUCUGAUACAGCUAUAUGAACAGAAAUUACCGGUGAUACUCUGACAGGUUGAGGAGAAUAAUUUCAUGUAAUGCAUAAAGUCUGGCCUAUUAAUAGCAAGGGUCAGAUGGCAGUAGACUGGCACCGCACUGUUACUUAUACUGUAGCAAGAACGAUAAUUUAGACAAAUUAAAGGCACUUACACCUAUGGUUUAAUAAUUGUAACUUGGGAUAACAUGAGCUAUAAUGCCUGGAGACUGAAAAAAGUCACUUUAACGCUCCAGUCAUGUUAAGACUGAUGACUCCUGAAGGUACUAUCAGAAGCUCUGCACACUGAUGAUCAACAGUCCAAGAAGAACAAUCAAAGAAGUUUGUCAUUGUUUAAUUUAUCAUGAAAGUAUAAGAAAACCAAAUAUUAACAUAUGAGAAGCUGAAACAAGAAAGAGAUUUUUUUCUUACAACAUGAAUUAAUUACUCAACAAAGCAGCUUAAUUAAUUUUCUGUCAAUCAGUCCCACAGCUCCUCAUAUACAACCUUUCAUGACGCCAACAGAAGCUACCUGUUUGACAGUAACUUUAUUCGGUUUCAGAACUAUAGCUUAAUGCAACAGACACAAACUGACAACAAAGGUCUGCUCCUCUGAUAAAGAAUUUUCCUAUGUCCAUCUACAGGAGUCAGUAACGUGUGGCGCCCUGAUAGAAAGUUGUGCACAUAUUGUGUUUUAUUCUUCAAAACUGGUAAUAAGCGCCUGUGCAUGGUAUGAUAACCCUCGAUUUUCAUACCAUGUUGUACUGUAAAACUGGUAUACAGCUGAAACCCUAAAUACCACAGUGAAAUAACUUAUAGACAUAAUCAUUGUACAUAAAAUAGCUCAUUUCUAACAUAUUUAGAAAUAGAUGGUUAUUUGUCUUCUUGUUUUAUUUGGUGCACGUCAGGGGCCACUGAACUGGAGUGAAACUCCUUAUAUUUUAACAUACUUGGCAAUAAGGUUUAUGACUGAUUGAUUGAAUAAUGUGUGCAGAUAUUGAUUUGUGAAGCUAUUGUGCAGUGUGCACCUACUUUCACACAGGAACUGGAGAAGAGCACUACACGUGGCCGUGCAUUUCCAGCUGCUCCUGGGCUUGCUCUUUGGGUAAAAAAAUAAAAUAAAAUGCUGUUUCAAUCUUAACCCAGCAAGUGACAUUCCAGACCCACUAAGAAGUUACAUUUAGACAGGUCUGUCUUUUAACUAGUUUUAUAGCUGUAUCAUAGGCAGAUACUGUCAUCUAGUGGUCACACCUAUGUAUGGCCGUCAUGUAAGUCAACCUGCAGUCUCUAGAUGGCACAAAAGGUUUUGCUUUAGAAGAGCAAAUUUCUUCACUGAGUCAGAAAUCAUACUCUUAUGAAAUUACCUGUAAAUAACUUUGUUUUCGUCUCUAAUGUAAAUGUCCAAACCCUCACGUGGCUUCACUGAAACAGAAGAAUAUAUAAGACUUCAUGGAUUUGCUGUUUGUACAGUUCAGUGUCAGAAGCUUUUGUUUUUUUUAAACAAGUCUCUAAAAUGAUGAUGGAUCUGUACAUACACUAUUAAUGUUACUCUAUCUACCCUUCCUUCUGAUUUCGUACUGCUCAAUCAGGUCACUAUAAGAAGCUAGGCACCAGCCACUUGGUCAGAACACAAAAGAUAGACUUUAUCUUCCAGAUGACACGUACAGUUGGAUAUGGGCUAAGGUUGCCCUGCAACCACCAGAUGUCCUCUUCCUCGUCAGUUUCCUCCAGUUCCUCCCCAGGGAGGGAUUCACAGGUCAUCUGGGAGAUAAAAUGCCUUCUGUGUAUCCUGGAUCUAAUUAUUGGUGCAGUGGCAUAAUGAAGCAUUUGCACGGCAGCUUUAAGAUGCCAGAACAUCAGCUGACUCCAUCAGUGCAGAGACUGACUGACAUAAUCCUCAGUUUGCUGAGCUUCUCACCCUGCUGUGCUAAAGUGAGAUCACUGCAGAGAAAACCUCAUUUUAAUUCUCAUAUCUCAACAUACUGUAUCUCCAUAAAAUUUGUCUGACUGUAGAUGAAUGUGGAAUGAUGAUCCAACAAUAAUACAUCUGCAACAA